CUUUCCCUUCCGGACAACUGCCACUUCAGAAGCUCACUCGUCUCCGGGCUACAAGUGCAACAGAGAAAAAUGGCAAGAACACCAGGAACCAAAGCGUGCUGCCAGUCACGGAGAAAGUUGACCAGCUAAAUGGAUCUUCGAGCCCGAAACCGGCAGAGAAAUCAAGCACCAUUUUGCGACCUGGCUAACAAUAGAUGACCUGGGUCCUAUAUACUGGAUCAGCGGCAAACCAGGCUCAGGAAAGUCAACUCUUUUUCGAUUCCUGUUCGGACACUCCAGGACAAAUACUUGUUUGAAAUCAUGGGCUGGUGAUCUCCCCAUCUCCAAAGCGGGCUUCUUCUUCUGGACGAGUGGGUCUAAAGAACAGCGAUCUCAGGCGGGCUUACUCAGAUCUCUCCUCCACCAGCUUCUCUCUGACAAUAAGGCGAUGAUGCCGAAGACUUUCCCUGAUCUAUGGCAGAAGAUGCAAAUAUUGACGACGAGGGAAAGGAUCGGGCUGUCUCUCGAGUGGGACUCAUCGGAACUCAUGCGUGCAUUCCGCUCCUUCGUGGACGCGGCGGUAGAGAGCUCUAAGAUCUGCCUAUUUAUUGACGGCCUCGACGAGUUCGACGGGAAUCACCUUGUGCUCGUUCAGUUCUUUCAGAGUUUGGGAAAAGGACCGCAUGGCGGCAGAGUCAAGAUGUGCCUUUCUUCGCGUCCCUGGGCCGUUUUCGAACGCUCCUUCCAGCCAUCCGUUCCUAACCUCAAAUUGCAGGAGCUGACUUAUCAGGACAUGUAUGGCUAUGUCUCUGAUACGCUUAGCGCUGAUUCUAAGAUCGGAGGUUGUCUAAAGGAAAAUUCGGAAUUCAAGGACACCCUCUUCGACGAGACUGUUCAACGGGCAGACGGAGUCUUCCUCUGGACUAGGCUUACAGUCAGCAAGUUACUGAAAGAUUUCCAGCCAAGCCUCGGUUUCCAUGACCUGCAAGCCAUUGUUGAAGAGCAGCCAACGGAGCUGGAAGACCUCUUUGAAAAGCUCCUCUUCUUCGAGCAGGACGCCGUUGAAAAAUCUGAGACGGCCAACAUGUUCCGGCUAAUCACCGCCAGAGAGACUGCUGCAAGUUUCAUCAACGACGAAACUGCUAACUUUCUGAAUGUCUGGGAGAUUGCACUCGCCCUAGAUUCCGACGAUGAUUCACUUGCGAUAUCUGACAAUGAGGUGCAGCAGGCAAGCGACGAGGAGGUUCAGGGCAGGUGUGAGAAUACAUGCACUCGAAUCGAAGACCGGUUCAGGGGCCUUCUUGGUAUUUUCCCUCAACGCCAAGGGGCAAACGAGCGAACUACUAGCAUCGAGACUCAAGAUGAAGAGAAUUCAUCCGGCUCCACUCGCAGAGUGGCUGGACACAAAGUCACUUACAUCCACCGAACCGUACGUGACUGGCUCAUGGACGGUGACGGGGUGCGCGAGCUCCUCAUCAGCAAAUCUUCGGGUACUUUUGAUCCUCACCUUCGGCUCCUAAGGGCCGGAAUAAUGGCUUUUAAGAUGCCUGUCGAGAGGCCAUGGCGUCGGCGAUGGCUCAAUGACAGGUGGCCACAGAUUACCGUGUGUAUGACACAUGCGAGGAAUGUCCAACCUAGCCAAACCCUUCUGCAACGGCAGUUUCUGAAUGAGCUGGACGAGGCCAUUGGGUGGUACUGGAUUCCAAGACUUGGAGACCCCACUGACCAUUGGGCGAAGCACGUGUUUAAUAGCUACGAUGUACGGACGAAGGCGCCUCCAAUACGUGAGCCUUAUUUAUACCUUGUUGCGAAGUUUGGAAUUGCCAAUUACGUACCGGAAGAGUUGGAGGGCUUGGUCUUGGGGGACAUUUCAGCUUCCCUCGAACUAACAUCGAAAGAAGGAGGAGAAAUCAAGGAGAACGAGGUGAUCGAUCAAGAGGUGGAGGAGAGAGAUAAAGCUGGGAAAGGAGAGCAAGGAGAGCAGGACGAAGAUGAGGAAGAUGAGGACGAACAAGGCGGAGAAGAGGAAGAAGAAGACACAAGAGAAGGAACACCCCUCCUCUCCUACGCAACCGAGUACAUCUGCUCCCGCCAAAACAGCAUCUACCCACUAUCCUCUCUCUCCUUCAUUCGCGCUCUCCUUCAAAUUCCUUCCCGCCAUAACCCCGGUCCAAACCACACUUACACCGAUUUCAUCCCUGCCGGAGCCCAGAACACCCCCUGGGUUGCCCUUCUCCAGCACCUCCGUCGCGGCCACCGUCGAGGCUGGAUCGCGCACCUUGACAUUGACCCACAAGGUACCACUCGUUGGGCUGAGAUUGUGAGACUGUUUUUGGACGCUGGAGCGGAUGUUGGUGCUGUUGUUUCAGCGGAUCGGUGGCAUCCGGAGAUGAGCGCGCUCGAGGUUCUGGAAAUGCUAGAAAAUGAGUAUUGUGCUACCGAGAUGUGCGGCUUGAGGAAGCAGCUAAUCAAGAAACAGGAGGAGCGCAGAGAUUUUGGAAGUAUAUGA